AUGGGUGGUCCAUUCAACCAAAAAAAGGUGGGUAUGCCCUUUCAACUACCACCACAUUUAUCAACGGACUCUGCCAAGGAACGACUUUUUUCAGCUUAUAAUAGCUGUUCUAUUGACUCAAUGGCCAGCAACAUUGGUGGAGGUGCACUCCGCGGCAAUUACAUGAUACGAUUUUUUUCUUCUGCAGUAGGUUCGGGAACAUGUGUUCGGACGGUUAAUGCAAGUGGAAUAGGAUGGGCGUCAACUAUAUCGGCUGUUGUUUGGUUGAUUGGUUUGAGCGCAAUGGUAAUGCUCAUCAUGCAUGGGGAACAGUUGAGAUCAAUGAACUCAAAGGGACCCUAG